UAACAGCAGCUCAGGAUCAAGUCUGACCCGCUCUUCGCUAAUCGGGUCACCAACGGUGGAAAAAACACGUUUACUUGGCGUGGAACUAACUUGGACACACAGCAUGGAUGUCCUCAUGAAAGUGGACCUCACACUGACCAACACCACCAGCCACCCAGGAGAACCUGACCACCUGGACUUAAUCAAAACCCAAGGACUGAACCACAGUGACCCACUGAACAUGUUUGUGGGCAUGGAGCUGCUUCUUCGUUUCAAACCUCUCUUCAUGCCGCUCUACUGCCUCGUCGUGGUCAUCGCCAGCGUGGGGAACUCCUUCCUGUUGACUUGCAUCCUGGUGGAUAAAAAACUCCACAACGCCACCAACUUUUUCAUCGGAAACCUGGCUGCUGGAGACCUGCUGAUGUGUCUGAGCUGCGUGCCGCUGACCAUGUCCUAUGCCUUCGACAGCCAUGGAUGGGCUUUUGGGAGACCGCUGUGUCACUUGGUGCCUUUGCUGCAAUGUGCUACUGUGUUUGCGUCCGUGCUGUCCCUCACAGCCAUCGCUGUGGACCGAUACGUCGUCUUAGCUCACCCUGUGCGAAGGAGGAUCUCUUUGUGGGGUUGUGGCGCGGUGGCGACGGCUGUCUGGCUUUUGUCUCUGGCCUUGGCGGCGCCGCCGUCCUUUUACACACGCUACCUCGACCUGCGGCCCAGUGGCGUAGACCUCGUGGUUUGCGAGGAGUUCUGGCCUGAAAACGGCAAUCUGCGACUGCUCUAUUCCUGCUUCAUCCUCAUUACCUCCUACAUGAUCCCACUGCUGUCCGUCAGCAUCUCGUACUGCGCCAUCAGCCUCAGCCUCAAGCGCUAUGCGGUACCCGGCGAGCGGGCCGGCGGGAAGCAGCACUGGAAGCAAAAGAGGAGGAAGACCUUCUCGCUGUUGGUGGCCUCAGUGCUCGCCUUUGCUCUCUGCUGGCUGCCUUUGCAGGUGCUCAACCUCCUACUGGACCUGGACCCAGACUGUGACAUCAUCGGCAAGCGCUACAUAAAUGUCCUCCAAGUCUGCUGUCACUUGGUUGCGAUGAGCUCGGCGUGUUACAACCCCUUCAUCUACGCGUCGCUGCACAUCAAGCACAACAUCCAUCCAUCCAUCCAUCCAUCCAUUUCCAAUCCUGUCCCUUUCCGGGUCGCGGGGUGCUGGAGUCUAUCUCAGCUGCAUUCGGGCAAUGGAUGUCCGGAGGUUGAGAAGUGGCGUUCAUGUCGAGCGUCUGAAGAUGUCUGUCACAGUUGUUGUCGUGAAGCCACAACUGUCCUCCUCAUGGUCUUCUCUGGAGACCACGCUGGGCUUGAUGAUGAUGAUGAUGAUGAUGAUGAUGACAGUGCAGAGCGAGCUGAGUCAAAUGUCUCCAUGACUGGAGGAGUCAGAGUGCCGUGUGGCCAGGCAAUGAGGAGAAGUGCAAAAUAGGGGAAGACCCAGACGGAGGAGGGAGGUCUGCUCUUUUUAUGGAGGACGUCCACAGACUGCGAGCCACUUUUAACCUGAAUACUUUCUACUCACACAACCAGUAGUAUCCGGUUAACUCUCACUGUCAUAGUACUACUGCUAGUACUAGAACACUACUUCAAAGCAUCAAACUCAUUGAUUGCACAACUGCAGUGGUCCAAGUUCCACCCAGUCUUUAUGAUACAGGAAACAGGUGUGGGUGUUGGGUAUAUUCAACCUGUGACUCACUGCUUCAAACAUUUCAGAGUUGAGCACUCAAAAAGUUUGAGGUGGAAAAUUAAUUCAUAAACCAGAAACGUUCCCCACAAAUGCUUUAAUGAGUCGGACAGAACAGCUGGGAGGAUUUUGUCAACUGUCAGCCAUUAGUAAUACUGUUUGAAUUAAGUAUUUAUUUGAGUAAGGCAUUUAUUUUGGUUUUUGAUAAAUGCUCGUGUGACAGGAGAGGAAGAUUCAUCGAGAACUGCUCAUUUCAUGUUAAGAAAAAAAGGGUAUUUAUUUGGGGCAAGGUGUUUGUUUGUAGGAAUUGAUAGACCUGGUAAUUUAUUGAGGAUUUAAACAUUUUAGUUUUUUAAAUUGGAAAUACAUAUUUGUAUUAUUGCUUUUAUUAUCAAUCUACAAUUAAUAUUUUAUAGGAAUAUUUUAUUUUAAUAUUUGCAAAGUUAUAAAAUUUGUAUUAUAUUCUUUUUUUCCCCCCUAAAUUUAUUUGGGGCGAAGCAUUUAUUUGUUGGAAUUUAUAGACUUGUUAAUUUAUUGAGGAUUUUAAAAUUAUAUUUAUUUGAAUUGGAAAUACAUUUUUGUAUUAUUGCUUUUAUUAUCAAUCUACAAUUAAUAUUUUAUUUUAAUAUUUGCAAAGUUAUUAAAUCUUUACUAUAUUCUUUUUUUUCUGAUAUGACAAAAAAGGGUAUUUAUUUGGGGCGAGGCAUUUAUUUGUUGGAAUUGAUAGACCUGGUAAUUUGAGGAGUUUAAAAUUGUAUUUAUUUUAAUUGGAAAUACAUAUUUGUAUUAUUGCUUUUAUUAAAAAUCUACAUUUAAUGUUAUUGGAGUAUUUUAUUUUAAUAUUUGCAAAGUUAUUUAAUUUGCAUUAUAUUCAAUAUUUUUCUUAUUUUUUUCCUGAUAUGACCAAACAGGGUAUUUAUGUGGGGCAAGGUGUUUAUUUGUUGGAAUUAACAAUAGCCCUGGUAAUUUAUUGAGGAUUUUGUGAUGGUAUUUAUUUUAAUUGGAAACACAUCAAUAUUCACAGCACUUCACUUUUUCCACAAUUUAUGUUAUAGCCUUAUUCCAAAAUGGAAUACAUUCAUUUUGUCCUCAAAAUUCUACAAACAAUACCCCAUGUGAAAAGUUUUUUUUCAGCUUCACCAUUUGGAUCAUUUAAAUAAAGUCCAGGUCAAAUUUGAAGUAACACUGUAAAUAGUCGUUUUCUCGGACUAAAACUUGUGGCUGCGGAAUAUCUGCACACAUCAGUGAGACCUUUUUUUAAACUCUUGAGCAAUGUCAGGUGACAAAGUGUGAAUGUUUGUGACUUCGCAGCUGUCAUGAAUGUUUACUCCACACUUUGGCGGAUCGGCCGCAGACUUAUCGUGCACGCCUCGUCUCAUAAACACAAAAAGAAUCCUGGUGAGGUACGGAGAUGCUUUUAAUAGCUACAAAAAAACAUUUGAUAUUUUUAGUACAUGACAUAUAGUCAAGUGACACGACGUAUAGUAGGGGCGUCCUGAUAUAACUUUUUCCACUUUCGAUACGAUACAGAUAUUGCAGCCUUGUCCGAUAGUGAGCCGAUACAAUAUCAGCACAAAUCACACAUACUUGUAAUAUUUUGUAGAGUGGAUUGUUAGGAGGCAAGUAAUAUCACAACAAUGGUAUGUAUAAAAACACUAACCUAUUCAUUAUGGAUUUACGAAAUACUUUAAGUUAAAGUGGAGUGGUAAUUGUUUUUGUCAACACCUAGUGCCCAUAAUAAUUGAUUACGUUAAGCUCAUAAUGCAGUCUGUUAAAAUGAUGUGGACACGUUUGUUACUGGAUACUCUCUCAUACGCUUCUGCCUUGGAGUCUCUG